UACCGUGUACAUUGUAGUUAACAUGAAUUAUUCCCCUUGUGGGAACUCUUAUUUGUCCAUGUAAACAAAAAUGACGAAAGAAGGACAGGAAUGGUUUGUUUGCAGAAUUGAAGAAUUUGACCAAAAUUCCAAGAAAAGGUUUCAGGUACAAGACAGAGACAUUGUGAUCAUAAGAAGAGGAGAAAAAUUCUUUGCUCUUGACAGUUUUUGUUACCAUGCUGGAGGUCCUUUGUUUAUGGGGGACAUUGAGGACUUCAAUGGUCUUUCUUGUUUAGUUUGUCCAUGGCACCAUUACAAAGUUCACAUUGAGACUGGAAACAUGGUGUACCAGUCUAUUGACCCUCAUAAUCCAAAGAACCCCCCCGUGUGGAAGAAUAGCGGACAGAAGCAGAGAGUGCAUCGUGUGACAGUGCGUGACGACAGCCUCUUUGUCACUUUCUCGGACUGUACCGGCGACCUCCAAUCAGACCAGUAUAACGCUCUCGAGUACCGACAGCGGUGGCAAACAAAUAGCUGACCUGCAUGUUCACACCAAAAUGAAAAUGCAUCUGUGAAAGAGAGAUUAUCCAAAACUCUCAACCAUGCAUCUAUGCAUUAAUGAACGAAAAAGAAUAUCGGAUUCCAUAAUUCUGAACCAUGCAUCUGUGCAUUAAUGAUCGAGAGAAAGGGAAUAUUCAUAAUUCUCAACCAUGCAUCUAUGAAUGAAAGAGGAUAUCUAUGAUUUUCAACCAUGCAACUAUGCAUUAAUGAGGAAAAGGAAAUAUGUCCAUAAUUCUCAACCAACUUAUAAUGCAUAAUUGUUCAACCAGCGCCAUUUAUUAUGCAGAUGCAUUAUGACAGAGAUUGAAUAACAAUUCAAUGUUCUGCUUUAUGAGCAAAGACAACAACGACCGAAAGCAGUGUGAACUAUCAGCUAUGAUACGUACAAGCAUUAAAACUCUUCCAAAAAAUUGUGUCAAUUUUUACCAUAAAAAAUUAGGAGGUGGUAAUUGUGGCAAUAUCUUAAGACACAACCCACUCUUGCCAACUUUGCCAAAGCUUGGUAUUAUAAGACUAGGAAAGUAAGUGUUCUCUCUGGGGUAUCAUGAAAACACAUUAUUAUUUUUAUCUUUCAAAAUGUUCAUCUCUUCCUUUUUCAUAAAAGCUUAAAAUUCAUUUAGCAAAGCCUGCAUGUCAGCUGGCAAGAGUGGAUUUUUUUUUGCUGAAUCCAGCUGGGGUUUAUAAUUUAGAAUAGAGAGAAAGCCUGUGUAGGGAUUCCCAGAGAUGAUAACCGGUAUAUAUCAUGUUUUCUCAAUUUUGAAUACCGGUACAUAUGUUUUUCUCUUUUCGAAAUGUUUUCAUCCAUCUUAUGUCUCAAUUUCAUUAUCCCAUACAAGUCUCAUUUUGCAAAACAUGUUGACUGCUAGUUGACAGGAGUGGGUGUUCUUUUUUAUGGAAAUGGAAUGUCAUUAUGUAACAGCUAAUGUUCAUUAAAAAGACAUCAGCCUGCAUCCACGUUCUAGCCAAAGCAGUCUUCUGUAUAUAUUGUUCAGUCCUUUACAAAAUGUUGAAAAUAGAUCAGUAUGGCAGCUUAUACUCAGAAGCACAUGGCUCAGUGGUCAAAGGUGUUGGGCCUUCAGUAUAACCCAAAGGUUGCUUUUUUAAACCCCGCUCUGGUCACUUGAUGUUGUGCCCUUAGACAAAUUAGCACUUUAUCUACAUUGUCUCAGUCCACCCAGCUGAAAUUGGGUACCAGCAUUAACUAUGAGUCAAUCUUUGAUGGACUGGUGUCUAUCCAGGGGGGAGUCAAUGACUCAUUCGCUUAGCUUCAUGGAAAACACAGUGCAGGCCUUAUGUUCCUUCAUGGCUCGGAGAAGGAUUUAACUUUAACUAAGCUUAUACUGUAUCAAUUUACAAGAUCAUGUUUGCAAUACAUUUCAGAAAUCUUUAAUUUUUUUUUUAAAAUUAUCUGAUCAAAAAUCACAAGUCUCAACAGUUUUCUUAUUGGUCAACUUUAUUGGUCACACAACUGCACAGCUUGAAGUGUAAUCAACAUGUCUAUAACAAUAGCACAAGAACUGUACAAAAUACAUAAUACAUUAAGUACUAUGUACAGAAUUGCUAAUGACAAACAUACACCAAAGAGGAAAAAAAUAUUCAAUUUGAAUUUUGACACAGUACAUGUAUUUCUCAAUACGCUUGUCAUGAAAAAACAAAAACAACAUUUAAAAAUCCUUUCAAACUGGUUAAUAAACUUCUGAUUCAACAUUUGUUCAUGAAUUUUUUUUCAUCAUGGGUCAUUAACUAAAUGCAUGUAACUUUAUAGCAAAUUUAAUGUACUAGUUGUACAACUUAAAUUAUGGGAAGAAAAUUUUUGUCCUGAAAAAACUCACAAAUGAAAAAUGAUGGAAAAAAUCCUUAAACAAUUGUUCGUAGAAAAAACAUUCAUCCUACGCCACUGCUCAUUAUCCAACUGUAAAAGCAACCUUACUAUAUUUGGCUGGUUGAAAAUUAACAGCUUCUUCUGAUAUUAUGUAAUCCUGUAUUGCACUUGACCUUUUAUUUUUGUUCGUGGAAAAAUAGAUCCCAAUUUACAUACCGGUAAAAUAUAUCAUUUAUAAAGUUACCAUUUUAAAAGGAGGUGAGAUGAUGCAUGUUUUCAAAGUCUAAGUGGGGGAAAUGGGGAAUCUAACUUUCUGUUUGCGAGGCAAUCUAGGAAUCUAUACCAAGGAAGUCUUUCAAGCAUGGGCAUGGGGUGGGGCAAUGUUUACUAAGACACAAAGUGCCCCAUUCCCCUUCCAGGUAUCUUUAGCCUUGUCUAUUCCUUCAACUGUAAACUACCCUUUAUUUGCAAAGACUUGGUUUCGCCAUUGAGAAGUAAUAAACUGGUUUGUAGUAAUUAAUUUUUUUAGACUGAGCCUUUGCAGAUAAUGUUUUACAGGAGACAAUAUUGAUAAAAGGCGAGAAAUAUUAGAAAUAAUGAAAAUUAAGUCUUGAAUUUUGCUCAUUUAAAUUAUGAAUAAUAAAAGUUAGUUUACAGCUUGUACCCAGUAUUACAGCUGUGAAAAAUGAUACAAGUACCAGGGAUUGUUUUAUUCUUUGUAUCACAAAUUUACAAAUUCUGUUUUUGUUCCUUCUAAUUCCCUUUCCCUUUAUAUUUCACAAAGAAUAUCUGCUUGGUUCUGGAAAGCAAGAAGUUACAAUUACCGGUAGGCAUAUGUGAUGUCUUUUUACUCCUUUAUAGAUCAUGAAAUAUAUAUAAACGAUGACUACAAGAAAAAAGAAAAUAAAUAGAUACAUAGGAGCAAAGUAAAAAUCUGCAAAGAAAAAAAAAUAGACAAUUUGAUGCCUCAUUCAUGUGUUUUUAUGAAAAACAUAGAG